AUGGAAAGUGAUACCUGUGAUUACUUGCUGGUAGAGAAUCCAACUGUACUUACUUUUAAUCACUUCCCCAAGGUGCACAACUCCCUCAAUAAGGUUGAAGGAAGACCAAUAAUGAGUGAGAUAGGGUCUGUUUUUGAGAAUGUGUCACAAUGGCUGGAUGACAUACUCCAGCCAUUAGUGGAAAGCCUUUCCAGCUACCUAAGGCACACCAAGCAACUUCUAAUUGAAAUGGACGAAUGGAAAUGGAAGAACUCCUAUAGCUGGCUCACGGUUGAUCUAAAGGCUCUCUACUCCUCUAUCACUCACUCUAAAGGCCUAGAAGCCAUUGAUUUCUUUCUUAAGAGAAGCACUCAGUAUAGUUCAGACUUUCGGAAACUUAUAUUGAGGCUGUCCCACAUCUGUGGAGGCACAAAUCCUUUAUUGGGACAAGUAGUACAUUACAAACACUUCAUUGAUGACCUGCUCUUCAUUUGGGAAGGAAAUGGGUUUGAGGCAGAGGACUUUGUAAACUACUUAAAAACAAAUGAGGCAGGAAUAGAUCUAACUUUUGAGUUUUCUCAUGAUACUAUAACCUACCUGGACCUGGUCCUAAAAGGGGUUUUGGAUGAGGAGGUCAUUACUGAUAUCUUUAGAAAGCCGAUAGCAGAAUCCCCUACAACAGCAACUAUUAAAACUUCUACAGCUGUUUCAACUGUAAUAGAGACUUUAUCCUCAACUGUGACCUCUUCCUCAUUAUCAAGUUUGGUUCCAACAGAUUCAACCGCAACUCAUACAAAUUAUUCAAGUUCACCUUCAACAGAGACAAGUCUGACAAGCUCAUCUGAUACAUUUUUACCAAAUACAACUACAGUAGCAUCAACCACCAAUUCUGAAACAAUUUCCUUAAGUGCACCUUUAACAACGCUGACAACAUUCCUUAACUCAUCAGAGACACUUUUGUCAGGCAUAACAAUCACAGAAGCCACCAGCUUAUCUGAGGCAACAUCCUCAAGUACAUUUCCAGGACUGUCAACAAGCUUAUCUAUAACAAAUGACUCAAGCCCAGCUCCAACAGGAUCAACUAGUGUAUCUGAAACCACUGAAACAAUGUCCCUCAGCUCAAAAGAGACAACUUUGCCAAGCACAACACUCACAGCACCCAGCAGCGUAUCUGAGACAACAUCCUCAAGUACACCUACAGUAGAGUCACCAAGCUCACCUGUGACAGUUUCCUCAAUCCCAGCUCUAACAGGAUCAACUAGCUUAUCUGAAACCACUCCAACAGCAUCCAUCAGCUCAUCAGAGAUAACAUUGUCAAGCACAACACUCACAGCACCCAGCAGCGUAUCUGAGACAACAUCCUCAAGUACACCUACAGUAGAGUCACCAAGCUCACCUGUGACAGUUUCCUCAAUCCCAGCUCUAACAGGAUCAACUAGCCUAUCUGAAACCACUCCAACAGCAUCCAUCAGUUCAUCAGAGAUAACAUUGUUAAGCACAACACUCACAGCACCCAGCAGCGUAUCUGAGACAACAUCCUCAAGUACACCUACAGUAGAGUCACCAAGCUCACCUGUGACAGUUUCCUCAAUCCCAGCUCUAACAGGAUCAACUAGCUUAUCUGAAACCACUCCAACAGCAUCCAUCAGCUCAUCAGAGAUAACAUUGUUAAGCACAACACUCACAGCACCCAGCAGCGUAUCUGAGACAACAUCCUCAAGUACACCUACAGUAGAGUCACCAAGCUCACCUGUGACAGUUUCCUCAAUCCCAGCUCUAACAGGAUCAACUAGCUUAUCUGAAACCACUCCAACAGCAUCCAUCAGUUCAUCAGAGAUAACAUUGUUAAGCACAACACUCACAGCACCCAGCAGCGUAUCUGAGACAACAUCCUCAAGUACACCUACAGUAGAGUCACCAAGCUCACCUGUGACAGUUUCCUCAAUCCCAGCUCUAACAGGAUCAACUAGCUUAUCUGAAACCACUCCAACAGCAUCCAUUAGCUCAUCAGAGAUAACAUUGUUAAGCACAACACUCACAGCACCCAGCAGCAUAUCUGAGACAACAUCCUCAAGUACACCUACAGUAGAGUCACCAAGCUCACCUGUGACAGUUUCCUCAAUCCCAGCUCUAACAGGAUCAACUAGCUUAUCUGAAACCACUCCAACAGCAUCCAUCAGCUCAUCAGAGAUAACAUUGUCAAGCACAACACUCACAGCACCCAGCAGCGUAUCUGAGACAACAUCCUCAAGUACACCUACAGUAGAGUCACCAAGCUCACCUGUGACAGUUUCCUCAAUCCCAGCUCUAACAGGAUCAACUAGCUUAUCUGAAACCACUCCAACAGCAUCCAUCAGCUCAUCAGAGAUAACAUUGUCAAGCACAACACUCACAGCACCCAGCAGCGUAUCUGAGACAACAUCCUCAAGUACACCUACAGUAGAGUCACCAAGCUCACCUGUGACAGUUUCCUCAAUCCCAGCUCUAACAGGAUCAACUAGCUUAUCUGAAACCACUCCAACAGCAUCCAUCAGCUCAUCAGAGAUAACAUUGUUAAGCACAACACUCACAGCACCCAGCAGCGUAUCUGAGACAACAUCCUCAAAUACACCUACAGUAGAGUCACCAAGCUCACCUGUGACAGUUUCCUCAAUCCCAGCUCUAACAGGAUCAACUAGCUUAUCUGAAACCACUCCAACAGCAUCCAUCAGCUCAUCAGAGAUAACAUUGUCAAGCACAACACUCACAGCACCCAGCAGCUUAUCUGAGACAACAUCCUCAAGUACACCUACAGUAGAGUCACCAAGCUCACCUGUGACAGUUUCCUCAAGCCCAGCUCUAACAGGAUCAACUAGCUUAUCUGAAACCACUCCAACAGCAUCCAUCAGCUCAUCAGAGAUAACAUUGUCAAGCACAACACUCACAGCACCCAGCAGCUUAUCUGAGACAACACCCUCAAGUACACCUACAGUAGGGCCAACAAGCUCACCUGUGACCGUUUCCUCAAGCCCAGUUCCAACAGGAUCAACAAGCUUAUCUGAUACAACUCCAUCAGCACCCACACUGCCAACUCUCAGCAGUACAUCAGGGACAUCAUAUUCAAGCACAACACUCACAGGGUCCACCAGCUCAUCAGAGACAGUAUCCUCGACUGCAACUCCAGUAGUAUCAACCAGCUCAUCAACUUACUCAUCUGAGAUAACUUCCUCAAGCACAACUACAAAGCUGACAGCUAGCUCCUCUGAGACAACACUGACAGCAUCAAGCAGCUCAUUGGAGACAACUUUGUCAAGUAUAAGUGUCACAGGAUCAAUUAGCUCUUCAGUUACAACAUCAUCAAGUACAGCUCCAACAGGAUCAACCAGCAGCUCUUCUGAGACAAUGUCCUCAACACCAUUAACAAGUUCAUCAGAAACAACCUACUCAAGUGUAACUCUAACAUCGCCAACCAGUUCACCUGAGACAACUAAAACACUUACAGAAACAACCAGCUCAUCUAGUUUAACUUCUUCAGGUAUGUCUCCAUCUCCAGUAGUAUCAACAAGCACCUCUGAGAAAACCCCAACUGUGUCAGCUAGCUCAUCAGAAAUAACUUCACUGAGUGCAGCUUCAGUAGGGUCAACCAGCUCACCUGGGACAAUUUUUUCAAGCACAACCUCAGAAAAGUCAAGUAUUUCACCUGAAACAGUUUCCUCAAGUGUAACUCUGACAGGGUUGACUAGUUCAUCACAAACAAAUUCCUCAAACACUUAUUUAACAGGAUCAGUGAGUACAUUAAUCACAACUUCCUCAAGUUCAUCUCCAUUGGGAUCUACUAGCGUAACUGCAGCAUCAAUAGUUUCAACUACUUUUCUGACUGCAUCAACUCUACGAUGUAAGUGA